UACAGGACUCAGCAGCCUUUAUAUACUCAGCCAUGAGCAGUGCAGAACACACUCUCUGUACUCAGCAGCUCCCUGACCAAACAGCCAGCUCAUCCACACAGCUGCAGUGUCAGCCAUGAAGGUCCUCCUGGUGCUCGCCCUCGCUGUUUUCACUGCAGGUUGCAAUGCCAAUAUUUUGUGGCAAAACCAGCCCGAGCGGCGGGUCGACAUGGUGAAAGAUGCUUUCUGGGACUACGUCUCCAAGGCAACCAUGACGGCCGAGGACUCCCUGCAGCAGAUCAGACAGUCGGAGCUGGGAAAGGAAGUGAACACCCUCAUCUCUGAGAGCACCAACGCCGUCAACAAGCUCACCGACGCUCUCCGUACUCGGGUGGCUCCUCUGACCCAGGACUUCAUGACUGCAUUUUCCCAGCAGGCUGAGCAGCUGAGGGCCCGUCUGGAGAAGGAUCUGACCACCGUGGAAACUCAGCUGCAGCCGUACGCUGAGGAGAUGGUGGCGCACGUCCAGAGGCAGGUGGAGGAUCUGAAGAAGGAGGCGGCCCCCUACGCUGAGGCCAUGGACCCAGAGGCCCUGAAGGCUGUCCUGCUGCAGAAAAGCCGGGAGCUGAAGGGGCAGCUGGAUAAUCGCGUGAACGAGCUGCAGGCCCAGAUGGUUCCCUACACCGAGGAGAUGAAGGAGAAGAUGGAGCAGAGCCUGGAGGAGUUUCAGAGGAGCAUGAUCCCCUUGGCCCAGAGCUUUGAGACCCAGCUGACCCAGAAAACCCAGGAGAUCCAGCAGAACCUGGCUCCAUACGGAGAGGAGCUGAGGGCCAAGCUGGACGCCAACACCCAGAACCUGAAGACAAAGCUGGCUGCUCUGUGGGAGUCCUUCACUAAGUUGACCAAAUAAACGGACUAACAUCUAUAAUUACUCAGUUAUGUAUUGUUUCUACUGCCUGAUUGUUAAUUAUCUCUGCUGAAUGAGCGUGGUGUUCAUGGGACAGAUAAAAAGUGCAAUACCUCA